ACACGCGCCUGAAAUACGUAUUUACAGUGCCGUGUCUGUACAUACAUACUCAAUACUCAGACAUUUGAGCGGAGUUCCGUUUCAAGAUGGCGAACGUAACAGCGGCGUAUGGGAAUGAAAGUUUGACUUCAAAUGUGACGGAAGCAUAUGAACCGAAGGCCAAUUCACCAUGGGACGAUGCCACAUGGAUUCUCACCAGUGCUUUUAUCAUAUUUACGAUGCAGUCUGGUUUUGGCUUGCUGGAGAGCGGAAUGGCGAGUAGGAAGAACGAAGUUAACAUCAUGUUGAAGAACGUAGUGGAUGUUGUGUUUGGUGGGAUCACCUACUGGUCCCUGGGGUACGGCUUGACGUUUGGUGGGGAUGCAGGGGCCAACGGUUUCACUGGUGUGGGAUACUUCUUUCUUAAUCCAGACGGAGAAAACAUUGGUAACAUCUACUCCAAAUUCGUGUUUCAAGCCUCCUUUGCAACAACAGCAACAACGAUCGUAUCAGGUGCAAUGGCUGAACGGACCAAACUGAUGGCAUACAUCGUCUUCUCUCUCUUAAACACUUUCGUUUACUCGUUCCCCGCUCACUGGGUGUGGGCGGACGAGGGCUGGCUGAAGAAGCUUUACGUUGUUGAUGUGGCUGGAGUGGGGCCGGUCCACCUUGUUGGGGGAGUGACUGCACUCAUUGCAGCAAUUAUGCUGAAACCCAGAAAAGGACGUUUCAAGAAGGACAGUAGGAUCUACCAGCACAUACCUUCUUCCAACCCUGUAAAUACUCUCUUGGGACUUUUCAUGCUCUGGUGGGGCUGGCUGGGUUUCAAUUGUGGAAGCACAUUUGGAAUAAGCGGAGGCAAAUGGAAACUUGCUACCAGAGCCGCAGCGACAACAAUUCUAGCGUCAUGUGGCGGUGGAAUAACGGCGUUUAUCAUCAGCUAUAUAUUUCACAAGAGAAAAUACAUCAUUCCCCUCAUUGUUAAUGGAAUUCUUGGUUCUCUGGUAUCUGUCAGCGCAAUCUGCGCAGUGACAACAACGUGGGCAGCCGUAAUAAUAGGGUCCGUUGGAGCUAUUAUCGCUGCCUUGAGUGACCUUAUGUUGUUCAAGCUGAAGAUUGAUGACCCAGUCGGGGCCAGCUCUGUACACCUGUUUUGUUCUAUCUGGGGUCUUCUUUGUUGUGGUAUCUUUGCUCAGAAAGAUCAGAUUCAAGGGGAGUUCAACUUUAACCAUGGUCUACUUUGGGGUGGAGGAUGGUACCUCCUCGGCGUCCAGACUCUCGCUGUCGUAACAAUCAUCCUCUGGUCAGCAAUGAUGUCCGUUAUCAUCCUCAAGGUCAUCGACCUGGUUAUCGGUCUGAGGGUGUCAGCAGAGGAAGAGAUUGUUGGUGCAGACUUCUUUGAACACAACAUCAUGCCUCCCAAUGGGGUAAUGCCAGUUCUUGCAAAGCACUUCAAGACCAAGCGAUCCGCGAACAAAACUAAGGACGACGGAGGGGACGAACAGGUUGUUGCUGAUGAGAAACUAUGCUUCUGUUUCAUUAAGAAAAAGACUAUCGUGGCAAUAAGACGGAAGAGGGGCAAUAGUGAUAAGGAAGAGGACGAAUCGAAAGGUGACGAGCUUCAGACGGAGAAGAAAGCGUUGGACAUCUUCAGGAAACACGCUAAGAAGGAAGGGAAAGCAGAAGAAGAUGUUAUCAGUGACAUAACAGAAAGUGAAACUGCGGCUGGAGUGCAGUUUACCAACUUUGGUUUCAUCAAAGAUGAGAAUGAGCCAGAGAAGAGUUAUGGAGCAAACCCAGUUGACGAUAUAAAAGGUGACUGAUCUGACGUUGUUGUCAAUGUGCAUGUCAUAACAAGGGGCGUUAUUGUUGGUUGUUACCCGUGAGUUUUUCAUUUUGUUUUACCGUUUGUUACACGCCUUCAAUCUUACAAAUGAUUACUUUAACGCUGCCUUCAUUAGCAUUUCAUUUAUAUCACGCCGUGCAAGCCUUACAUCGGAGCAAAGCGAUACACGUGGAUCAACACGUAUUGGCAAAACCGCAAGGCAAGAAAACAUCAAUCCACACUUCUAUAAAUGUGGAGAAACACUUCCUACACUCCAUGUCUUGACGACAGAAGUUGUUCUGAUUGUGACGGUAUUUCUGCGAUUAUAUUGUCACAAAUGACAUCUAGUAAGUAUUAAUUAAAGUUGUGGCAAUGCUCCCCUUUGCUUCUUGUAUCACUACUCCUCUUGUACCAAGGCAUAUGUAAAUCGUAUCUAACUUCCCGUACAUGACUACUACAAAUCGGUUUCAAUUCCGGAGAUAUGUGAAGACUUAAACCUUCACUGGUAAAUGAUCCGUCCAAACGUUUUGGGCCAGAGGUUGGUGACAACAGCUCUAUAACAAAACAUAAUGAUUCAUGAUAAUUUGAUGUACCUGUUAUAUAUUUUCUUGGAUAUAUUGUACGUAUUAGUAAGUGCUAUUUACAAAAGACAUGCUUGACAAAUCAGUGAGCUUUGUGCACGUUUCUCAAAGAUAUUUGCAGUGGCAACGAAUGUUUAUUUUCAUUUCUCAUUUCAGCUUUAAGCAAACGUUUAUGUAUUUGUUUUGGAGAAAAUAAAAAAGUGCUCAUUGAA